CCGCCGCCAGCGGGGACUUCCUCCACCGAGAAACCACAGAAGAAGCGUCUUUUUCUUGGCGCGCGGGCUGCUGAGGACCGGAUUAAAGUCAUGACCCGAACUCUGAACGGUAUCGUGGCAGUGUGUCCUGACCUGGGAAUCGGGAAGGGCGGGAACCUGCCGUGGCACCCGCUGCGGCUCAGCAAUGAUUUUGCGCUCUUCCGGAAGAUGACGUCAACACCGUCUGUGGCAGGUCGGCAGAACGUGGUGAUCAUGGGCAGGAAGACGUGGUUCUCCAUCCCGGAGAAGAACCGGCCUCUGCAGAACCGCAUCAACAUUGUCCUCAGCAGACAGUUGAAAGCGCCCCCUGCUGGAGCUCACUUUGUGGCGGCAGACUUUGCCUCCGCGCUCCGGCUCGUGGACUCGGAGCUGUCUGAGCAGGCUGACCAGGUGUGGGUCAUCGGUGGCAGCUCCAUCUACAAGGAGAUGAUGGAGAGCCCGGCACCCCGGCGGCUGAUAGUGACACGGAUCCAGAAGCAGUUUGAGUGCGACACGUUCUUCCCUGAAAUCCGCCCUGAGCAGUUCCGCCUCCUGCCAGAGUUUCCUGGAGUAUCUCAGGAGCUUCAGGAGGAGAACGGCGUUACGUACAAGUUUGAGGUCUAUGAGAGCAUCCAGCAGUGAGGGGCCUGGGGGCGGAGCCAGCGUGUUAAUAAAGUCUGUUUAAAAAUGA